GCUGAGCGGGGGCCUGCCCACCCUCUCUCCCCGGGACUCGGAGCCUCUGGUGCGGGAGGAGUCAGUCGCUCACACACCAGCCGCAGUCGCUUUGUUAACACUGAGCCAAGAUGGCAGACUUCGGGGAGCCCAGCGACGAAGAGAAGGUUCGUAUUGCAGCUAGUUUUGUGAUGCACGCUCCCCCAGGAGAAUUCAAUGAAGUCUUCAACGAUGUUCGAGUUCUGCUGGACAAUGAUAAUCUUCUCAGAGAGGGCGCGGCUCACGCCUUUGCUCAGUUCAACAUGGAUCAGUUCACUCGGGCCAAAAUUGAGGGAUAUGACGAUCAGGUCCUGAUAACAGAGCAUGGAGACCUGGGUAACGGCCGCUUUUUUGACCCUCACAAUAAGAUCUCCUUCAAGUUUCACCACCUGAGCAAAGAGGCCAGCGACCCCCAGCGCCAUGAGGGGGAGGCAGCCCUGAGGUCAUGGAGAGACGCCUGUGAUUCCGCCUUGAGGGCCUACGUCAAGGAGCACUACUCCAGUGGAGUGUGCACGGUUUAUGGGAAAACGAUCGACGGCCAGCAAACCAUUAUCGCUUGCAUCGAGGGUCAUCAGUUUGAGCCUAAAAACUUCUGGAAUGGUCGCUGCCGGUCUGAAUGGAAGUUCAGUAUCUCACAAUCUACCGCGCAGGUGGUUGGAGUUUUGAAAAUACAGGUACAUUAUUAUGAGGACGGAAAUGUGCAGCUGGUCAGCCAUAAAGAUGUUCAGGAAUCACUGACCGUGCAAAGUGAGAGCCAGACCGCCAAGGAGUUGGUGAAAAUUAUUGAGGAUGCAGAGAAUGAUUAUCAGACAGCCAUCAGUGAGAACUAUCAGACCAUGUCAGACACCACCUUCAAGGCCUUACGCAGACAGCUCCCGAUCACCCGCACCAAGCUCGACUGGAACAAGAUCCUCACCUACAAGAUCGGCAAAGAGAUGCAGAACGCUUAGAGGACGGAGGCGGCGCCGGCCGUGGUUACGAAAGGCUGAUGCUUGAGCAACGAGUGGGACGCGUUCCACUAAAAAAGACAGUGCAGCUUCUGUCAAGCACCAAGAGGGAACGCCUUUCAUUUAAUAUGAAACUGAGUGAUGUAACUGUGACUCAUUUGUAAACAUAUUGUACAUUAUUAUUUUUCAACAAAUAAUGCCUUUAGUGUCACUGUGAAAGUGUUGGGUCGAUACCCGCCAUUCAAACUCUCACAUACACACACACAGUUCAUCAUCCCUCGGUGCUUCCUAUGGACGCACGUCCUCCCAAAGCCAUCUUCAGUUUCAUGUAGCAACUAGUUUACUUUCUAUAAAACACAGAUAUUCUUUAAGAGCUUCCAAUACCUCUAUAGUUCUUAUUUUAUUAACAGAGGGCAAAUGCUGUAUGCAAUUUAGAUAUGUUAUCUGACUGGAGAGAGACUUGAAAGCAUUCAUGUUUUCCUCUGGUUCCACAUCUAAAGCGUAGAUGUCUUUUCUUUUUCUUUUCACUGGCCAUAUUUUGUUUUCCCUGUUUAAGUUCCCUUAUUUCUCUCUGUCACAGGGAGACACUUUGAUUUUCAUGAAUACUCCUCCUCCUCCAGACUGAGAACGAGUUGGUGCCCUCCUGCCUGUUGUUUACCUUUUAGCUUUUGCUAUAUUUUUUUAUACAAACUGUAAGUGCAUUUAUUAUUCUUGAAAUAAAAAUGUUGCAACAAA